AUGACGACGACGACGUCGAGCAACAGGAAAAAGUCUCCCUUGGCCCCUUUGGCUCCCGCCUUUUCUGGUUUGAACUGGGUAGCAUUUGGCGGAUGGCUGUACGUCCUGGUGAGUCUCAUGGCUUCUCUACUCGUCUCCUCGGACACACAACAAGAAACACUCUCCAAAGUUCGAAUGCCAACCAUUGCCUUGGAGGGGAUAUGUGUCAUUGAAGUACUCCGAAUUGCAUUGGGAGAUGUACCGGGGAAUAUCACACUCGGAUCCAUACUGCACACCAUCCGCAUCACUGCCAUUGUCCAAGUGCUGCCGAGAGCUGCCGCCAUACAAGAAACCAACAACAGUUCCUGGCACGCCGUCACGGCAGUUCUAUUUUCGUGGGCCGUCACCGAAGUAUCCAGGUAUCCCAUGUACAUGUUCCCCACAAACAAUCUGGCUCGAUCCAUUCGAAUGGUCGUGCCAUUGGUCACAUUCCCCAUUGGAGCCGUGGCUGAAUUUGCAGGCGCAUACACGGUCAUGGUUUCCGAUACCGAUGUGCCCCUAUGGCUACAAUUCCUAUUGGUCGUCAUGAUGCUCGUCAAUGGAGCUCUCGGACCAUAUCUGGCAUAUCCUCAUUUGUUAAAGAAAGGAUUGCCUGUUCUGGGGCUGGCAACAACACCGGGAGAUAAAAAGAAAACACAAUCCACCACUGCUGGUAGCAAAACAACAAAGGGAAACAAACCAAACAUCAAAUCUUGCUAA